CUCCCACUUGCUCUCGGCUCCCGGCGGGCGCUCCCCGCCCUCUGCUGCCCGAACCUUGGGAUGUGCCUGGACCCGGCGCGGCGCACGUCCAGGCCAACCGCGAGCUGAACAAGCCCCUGGCGCGCCGCCAAGAGGCGCGCUCCCAGCCACCGCCCCCGGCCGGUGCCUUUUUUUUUUCCCUAUACAAUACAAGAUCUUCCUUCCUCAGUUCCUUUAAAUCACAGCCCAGGGGAAGCCUCCUGAGAGCCUUCUUCCAGCCACUGACCAGCAUGUCUGGGGGCAAAUACGUAGACUCCGAGGGACAUCUCUAUACCCUUCCCAUACGGGAACAGGGCAACAUCUACAGGCCCAACAACAAGGCCAUGGCAGAAGAGAUGAACGAGAAGCAAGUGUACGACGCGCACACCAAGGAGAUCGACCUGGUCAAUCGCGACCCCAAGCAUCUCAACGACGACGUGGUCAAGAUUGAUUUUGAAGACGUGAUUGCAGAACCAGAAGGGACACACAGUUUCGACGGCAUCUGGAAGGCCAGCUUCACUACCUUCACUGUGACGAAAUACUGGUUUUACCGCUUGCUGUCUGCUCUCUUUGGCAUCCCAAUGGCACUCAUCUGGGGCAUUUACUUUGCCAUUCUCUCUUUCCUGCACAUCUGGGCGGUUGUACCAUGCAUUAAGAGUUUCCUGAUUGAGAUCCAGUGCAUCAGCCGUGUCUAUUCCAUCUACGUCCACACCUUCUGUGACCCGCUCUUUGAGGCCAUUGGCAAAAUAUUCAGCAGUAUCCGCAUCAACAUGCAGAAAGACAUAUAAGUGACAUUUUGAGAAUUGAAGUAUCCCUAUCUUUUUUUUUUUUUUCUUCUUUUAAUUUUCUUGGUGCCGGUUUCAAGUUGCUAGUACAGCAACAAAUUAUGAACGAACAUCUUAGUUCAGAACAAAGAAAUCACUUUCUCAUUUUCAUAAUUCUUUGUCUCUUCUGAGCUAUUUCAUUUUUUUUUAUUUGGCUGUCUGAAUUUUUAAAAUCCAUUUACAUGUUUUCUUUGCCUUUUUAUUUGCAAGUGGAUUAUUGUUUUGUUGGCUGAUGGACAUACUGUUGAAAGAUAAGUUGAGAGAAAUUUGAAGAACUGAGGA